AUGGACCAAUUCAUCUAUGAGUCGAAGACCGAUUCACGUUGGUAUAUUCAAGACCAGUGGGAGUCGGUAGACAGCGAUGCCUUUAUCAACCACCUAAAUAGACAUGUUAGACCUCAAACCGACGAAUCGGGACAAUUCCAAGUCAACAUCGUGAUGUUAGGGUUAGAAAAUAAAACCAUAAGUGCCACCCGCGACCACUUUGAAUCUCUUCUCGAGAGUCUUGAGAUACCUAGAUCUGCCACAGAGCCUCUACUUCAUAAAGAUGGUCGACAUUCUCAUUCCAUUCAAUAUUCUGAGACUGACUCGGGAGGACACGCCAGUUCAUUAUGUGUCUCGAUACAAACUCCUUCUUUGGAGAUCGAUAAUGGCUCACCAGUAGAUUCGUUCUCAUUACUGUUACGGAUAUCUGCCCAAACAAAUUCCGCAGCCUGCGUUAUCAUCGCGAGAAAUAACUCCAGAGCCGACACGCUCGCAAAAACCCCAACUACGGCAGAUAUAAUCGCUGGUGCAAUACAGCGUCAUUAUGACUUGAUAAAAGAAUGUCCUUUCCAAGUCAUUAAUGUACUUCUCGAACAGUUGGAUAGUCUCAAUGAAAGGUAUUGGGACGAUCGCGAAAGUGCUUUCUUCAUGUUGCGUACACACAUGGAUGUUUUUUGUACAAACCCCAAAGCCUUAUACGACGAUGAUGGUAUGGCCGUCUUCGGGGUCACCCACGGCAUGAAUAUCCUGCGUCGCAAAUUGAUACCUUUAGAUUACGCCUUGGAGUUCGAAUCGUCUGGACUUCGUUAUACACACAACUUAAUGGAGGUGUAUCAGGAUUUGCAGAAGCACGGCAACGGACCUCGAUUUUCCCAGGCUGUAUUGAAAGUGUUCCACCAAAAAAUUCAGUACCUGGAGACAGCGGUAAUGUUGCGCCAUAAAAGGCGAGACGGAUUAGAUGAAUGGGCACAACUGAAUGUGAACAUACUGCGGAGCAGUAACGCACAGCAUGAUACCAAACUCGCCCUUGAUGACAGCAUCGCAGUCAAGACGAUAUCCUUCGUUACACUAAUAUUUCUUCCCGUUUCACUUGUAGCAACAAUCUCCAGCAGCAAUGCUUUUGCCGUUGAAAACAGCAGCAUUGGAAACGGUGUCAGGGUCUGGAAUAACUGGUGGAUCCUCCUCGUCAUCACUGUGUGCCUGACCGGCGCAGUCCUCGGUGGCGGUCUUCUGUAUUGGAUGAGUAGGCGGCAUAACGCGAGACAUUUCACAAACUCGAAAAGUGCGAAUAAUUCAUGCCCAUUCCCAAAGAUCCUGGACAUGAGAACAUGAGAAGGCUUUGAAGGAG